UUAUACGUGAUAUUUGUUUAAAAGUAACCUUUAUAUAUACACAUAUAUAUAUGCAUGUAUAUAAAAAAGUUUCUAAUUGUUAUUAUCCCAAAGAAGAACAGGUUCUUUACUAUCAAAGCUGCCGUAAUAUAUUUUGUUAUAUUGUACAUGAUUCGUAAUCGAAUCCUUAAACCACCUAAAUCUCUUCGUCAUAUUCCCUAUCAAGGCUAUUUUGAUUUAUUCAAAUUAAUUAUUGGAAAGGAGUCGUAUUGGGAUUACACUCAUAGACUCGUACUUCCACUCAUAAAUUCUAAACAAAGCAAUGGCAUCUAUCUUGAACCUGGUACGAGUGGUUGGGAAGUUCAUAUUGCAAAUCCUCAGGUUGCUAAACAAAUCUUACAGAAACAUGAAAUGUUUCCCAAAGUAAACUUUAAAAAUAUCCUAAAGGAUACUCUUGCUGGUAAAUUUUCAGCAGGAUCUAAUAUGGUUUUUCUUAACGGCCAUGAAUGGAAGUCUCAAAGGGCAAUUGUGAAUCCUGCUUUCCAUCGAUCAAUGCCUGUUCGAUUAUUUGGGGAGUUGGCUUGUAAAUUGAUUCGCGUGAUGGAAACGAUGGAUGAAACUGUAACAGACUUUACAGACUUGAUGGAAAGAUUAACUUUGGAUGCUAUUGGAAGAGCUGGUUUUGGAUUUGAUUUUCAUUCUAUUGAAGACAGAGAUAAUAAAUGGACACAUAUUUACAAGGAUAUCAGUGUAGGUAUGCAAGAUCCUCUCUAUCUUCUCUUUCCCAAAUUAGAAACGGAUAAAAUAGUUUGGUUAAUUCCUAAAAGAUGGGCACUUCAUCGUAAAAUGGAUGAUUUUUUAAAGAUGCUAGAUGAAAUUAUUAUUGCUAAAAGAAAUAGUUUAAAAGAGAAUAAAGUAUAUAAUACUGAUCUUGAAGAAAAUGAAAAAGAUCUUUUAACUUUAAUGCUUGAAGAUGAAUCCAACACUCAAGGUACCUAUACAAACAAAGAAUUAAAGAAUAAUCUUUGUUUGUUCUUUUUGGCAGGGCAUGAUACAACUGCAAAUGCUCUUUCAUUUGCUGUUUAUUUUUUAGCAAAGCAUCCAGAUAUUCAACAAAAAGCCAGAGAAGAAGCAAUUAGAGUUUUGGGAAAUGAACCUAAAGAUAUCACGCCUUUUCUUGAACAAAUAAAAAGACUAGUUUAUCUCAAUCAAGUGAUUAAAGAGACUUUACGUAUAUUUGGCCCAGUAGUUCAAACUAUUCCUAGAGUCGCUCAUGAAGAUAUUGUAUUUUUAGAUACUUUUAUACCAAAGGGAACACCAAUUGUAGUAGAUAUUUUUAACAUUCAGCAUUGUGAAAAAUUUUGGAAAAAUGCUGAAGAAUUCAACCCUGAUCGAUUUGCUGACCCAGUAGCUCAUUCAACAACUGCUAUGGAUGAAGGUUUUAUUCACUAUUUGCCCUUUGGCUAUGGUGCAAGACAAUGUCUCGGAAUAAAAUUUAGUUUAAAUGAACAACUAGUUUUGUUAUCUAUGCUAUUAAGAAAAUUUACCUGGAAAAUACCUGAAAAUUCAAUUCACAAAGAUAAAUUGAAUACUGCUGGUUCUUUCUUUAUUGGCCCUCAUAUACUGGAUAUGGUUUUUAAGAAGAGAUACUAACGUCAUUUAUUUCUACAGCUUGCUUACUUAUGGUUACUAUUAUAUACGUUCUCAUUAAACACACACACACACACACACACACACACACACACACACACACACAC